UCCCUCUCGGCUCCACCAAAUCCCUCUCGGCUCCACCAAAUCCCUCUCCGGGCGGCCCAACUUCCAUUCCCAACCUCUCCACCAUGGCAAAAUGUGGAGCCUGUGGACCAGGAUAUGCAAGUCCUCUGGAUGCCAUGAAAGGUCCCCGGGAGGAGCUGCUCUACCUGCCCUGCAUCUACAGGAACACGGGCAUCCAAAAACCUGACUACCUGGCCACGGUGGAUGUGGACCCCAAAUCCCCCCACUACUGCCAGGUGAUCCACCGCCUGCCCAUGCCCAACCUGCAGGAUGAGCUGCACCAUUCGGGCUGGAACACCUGCAGCAGCUGCUUUGGGGACUCCAGGAAAAGCAGGAAUCUCCUCAUCCUUCCAGCCCUCAUCUCCUCCAGGAUCUACGUGGUGGAUGUGGGAACAGACCCCAGGGCUCCCAGGCUCCACAAGGUGGUGGAGCCGACGGAAUUGUUCGGGAAGGGGAACGUGGCCAACCCUCACACCUCCCACUGCCUGGGCUCGGGGGACAUCCUGAUCAGCUGCCUGGGGGACCCUGCUGGCAAUGGCAAAGGGAGCUUUAUCCUGCUGGACGGAGAGACCUUCGAGGUGAAAGGAAACUGGGAAAAGGGGGAGAAGGUCCCUUCCCUGGGCUACGACUUCUGGUACCAACCCCGGCACAACGUCCUGCUGAGCACGGAGUGGGGGGUCCCAAAGGCCCUGAGGGACGGGUUUGACCCCGCUGACGUGGAGAAAGGGCUCUACGGGCGCCACAUCAACGUGUGGGACUGGAGCAGCCACAGGCUGCUGCAGGCCCUGGAUUUGGGGAAGGGCUCCAUCCCUCUGGAGAUCCGGUUCCUGCACGAGCCGGCGGCGGGCGAGGGCUUCGUGGGCUGUGCCCUGAGCGGGGCCGUGCAGCGCUUCCACAGGACACAGAAAGGGGACUGGGCAGCGGAGAAGGUGAUCGAAGUGCCCAGCAAGAAGGUGCAAGGAUGGCUCCUCCCGGACAUGCCUGGCCUCAUCACUGACAUCCUGAUCUCCCUGGACGACAGGUUCCUGUACUUCAGCAACUGGCUGCACGGGGACGUGCGGCAGUACGACAUCUCCGACCCCCGGCGGCCCCGCCUCGUGGGGCAGGUCUUCCUGGGGGGCAGCAUUGCCAGGGGGGGCCCUGUGACUGUGCUGGAGGACAAGGAGCUGCAGUGUCAGCCAGAGCCCUUUGUCAUCCAGGGCAAGAAGGUUCCAGGUGGGCCUCAGAUGCUGCAGCUGAGCCUGGAUGGGAAGAGGUUGUACGUCACCAACUCCCUGUACAGCGGCUGGGACAAGCAGUUCUACCCCGACCUGCUCCGGGAAGGCUCUGUCCUGCUGCAGAUCGACGUGGACACCGAGCGAGGGGGGCUGGCAGUGAACCCAAACUUCCUGGUGGAUUUUGGGAAGGAGCCGGACGGGCCGGCGCUGGCCCACGAGAUGAGAUACCCUGGGGGGGACUGCACCUCGGACAUCUGGCUCUGACCAUCCUCCUGGGGCUGCUCCAUCCCCUCCCAGAGCUUCCCAAACCUUCCCUUCAUCACCAGGAGGAUCAGGGCCCCUGGAGCUUUGCCCGCUGUCUGAAUUCAGAUUUCUCUUCCUGAGCUCUCACUUCCAUCUCAUUCCUGUGUCCCUGCACUGAUGCCACAAAAAUCAGCAAUAAAAUCACCCUUCAGCUCAGCUGGAGGUGCUUUUUUUCUUUUGGUCUUUCA